AUGACGAUGCAAAUGAUUCCUCCAAUUUUCCGACAAGAGUUUAUCAAGACGACACUUCGAGAACCAGAGCUCGGCAAAGUGGAUACGUGGGCGGACCUGAGACGACUGGACACUAUACCCUCUGAACUGUACUUCCGAAUUAUGUGCUGCCUUGAUGUGCCGACCCAUAAGACACUCCAGCUUGCGUCAAAAGGGAUACGCAACAGGACUCAAGAGGCCCUGUUGAAAGCGAAAUGGAUCGAAAUCAGAGUUACCAAUGACAUGACAGGUAUUUGCUCGUACCCCGAGACUCUCUGGUUUGAGCCCAGAAGGCUCCCAAACGGGGGGCAGAUGGCGUCCACUAUUCCUCCUUGGCUAAAUACUUCUAUAAUUGACUCGUUCCCGGCGACCAGCCAGAUUUCCGACGCUGUGAAGAAGAUGUCGAAUAUCAAGACCAUAGUUAUCGACUAUUGUCGGUCCCCACGAAGUGCGAAUGGCACCAGCGGCAAGUUUCUACAAAUCAUUUUCUCGGCUCUUACGGAUGCCGGGACUCAGCCUGAGUAUCUAUAUCUGUUCACGAAGGAUUCAAUUCAACCCAAUACAGAGUUACUGACGGUUGUACCAUGUGAAUACUACACUCCCCCCAGCAAUGUUAGUACUGUAUGGUAUAAGCUGGUCUUCUUGACGGUGGGUGAGCCCUCUGAUGAGCCAUGCAGAGAAUAUAUUGCCCAAAUGUUCACCUCGUUGUUUUUAAACGCUUGGAAGCUAAAGUAUCUGCUGUGGCAUGGCUCCCCGGUACAUCCUAUGUGCCAUUGGUGGAGAAGGCUAAUGAAACUGGCUAUCGAUCCCUUUGACGGGGCAGACUCCAAGCAUGAGACCGGCGUGGAUCUCUGGAGAUUGUCGAUCGAAUAUGUGGACAUCAGCACUGAAGACCUCAUUCGAUUUCUCGAGCUGCAUGGAAAACACCUAACGAUACUCGUCCUUUAUCGGGUUUAUGACCCUGAAGGGGGCUGGCUUAAAGUCCUCAAACUGCUCAAAGAUAAAGAAAUCUGUCCCAAGCUGCAGCGCGUGAGGCUUGUCGUCGGACGUAUCCUGGUGAAUACUCAGCAACUCCAAAUGAAUUCAGAUAAGCUGGAAUAUGAUACGGACAACCCCGAGUUGAAUGAUAUAGAUCAGGCAAUCGCUCGGUGCGAGGAAAUGGGGUACUAGGUGGUCAUUCACCCUCCUUGUCGUAUCUGCGUUUCUGCGAAGUUAUUGUUUUCUUGUUCACGGACUGAACAGUUCUCUCCCAACAGAAAAGGGAACAUUAGGAUAGAAUAGCUUAGCUUGAAUCACAACAUCUUUACUUUG